AUGGUAGAAGAUGCGUACGGUGAAAGAGACGGCUUAAAAGACCACUGCCAGAAAGUGGAAUGGGAACUCGGCGAAACUCGCCAACGAACGAACGACGCCCAGUGGAGAAUAGGUGAACUGGACGCAGAGGUCAAUGCAAAGAACAGCGAGUUGACCAACCGAGCGGAGCGAAUCAGCUGGUUGGAAUGUGAACUGCAGAACACGAGAAAAGCCCUUGAUGAUACGAAAUGGAGAUGUGGGGAGCUCGAAGCUCAGGCGGAAAAGUCAAAAGGAAUCGAAGUGAACUUGCAACAAGCCGAACGAAAGAUCCACGAUCUUAUGCAGGAAAAUGCGAAUUUUAAGGGUGCCUUACAAGAAAUGCACCACACAAAGAGUUUACCCACGUUAAAACGUCAGCAAAGCUCCCAGGACGAAGCGUACGAUGAGCUAACGGUGGAACUGCGCAGCGUCCAUCAUCGCAAAUACGAACUGGAAACGCAACUCAUGGAACUGACCAGCGAAUACAGAGGACUGCAACAAGUUCACGCGGGAUUUGAAGAACGCAUCAAAGCCCUGAACAUGGAACUUGAAGCCCUCCGAGAAAAAUACGGGAAAAUCGAGUGGGCCAAUGGCGAGCUGGAGGCCGAAAAGCACCGCCUACAGGACGCGGUGAAUCGAACUAACGAUCACAUUUGCUGUUUACAGGAAGAACUUAACAACGCUCACAGCGAGAUCAAUUCCCUGCAGAAUAAGGACAGGACAAAGCAUAUGAAGUGGCUAGAAGAUGAGAAGAGACGACUGGAUCAAGAAUGUGAAUCGUUGAACAGACAACUGAGCGAAACCAGUGACCGUGCCAGAUGGCACGAAGGCGAAAACGGGUAUUUCAAAAACCAGCUGAAAGACGCGUACGCAAAGAUCGAAUGGCUAGAAAGCGAGACAGGA